UGCAUUCAUGUAUACAUAUUUCCUCCGCUGACGACGGCCGCCGACAACUCCGGGUGGGAGAGAGAGAGAGAUCAUGGAAAAAUUGAGCGUAGAAGAAAGAAAGGCUCUUCGAGGAAGCAAAUUCGCUCCUCUUCCAUCUGCCCCUCCACCUCGUCUUCAACCCAGGCAGGCUCAUCCGGGGGGAACUUUGAAGACGAACAAGGCUGCAGCUUUGGCGAAAUUCCUCGAGAGAAAAUUGCAGGAGCCCGAUGGAUUGGCCUCUGUUGAUCCAAGACUCGUGGAACUCGCAGUGAAAAAUGCUCAAGAGACUGUUCAAUCAAGUGGAACAUCUAGUUCAGGAAGAACAGUUCAUCAUGUGGAAUCUUUUGAUGAUUCUGAGGUUUGUACCGUUGUGGAGGAGGUAAAAGUUUCUGUGCCUAAAAAGAAGAGUAAGAAGCAAAAGAAGGAGUGGAACAAGAUGCUAAGAAAAGAAAGGAAAAACAAAAAACAGAAGAUGGGUACCGACGACUAAACACUUGAAUGACAAUUUUUUUAAUUUUUAGGAGAAUUCAUCCACUAAUUUGGUGAAACAAUCAAUCAUUGCAGAUUUGCAGACAGGGAAUCUAGGUUUCUGGAUGGUUUUAAGAUUGAUAGUAACAAUAUUUCAUUCUUUUUGCACCUUCCUACUGUGAUUGUUUAGUGGUCUUUGAUCUCUUUCUCUGAUGCUUUGAAAAACAGGCAGUGACUUCAAACUUGGAACUAUGCAAAAUUGCCUUCGAGCAUUAUGGAUUUAAACUUAGAACUACAUUAUGAGCAUA